AUGAAUUCUACCCUCAUCGUCAGGCCUUCAUCUCGUAUGUCCCAGAGGGUCUCCCUUCAGGAGGAUGGUGUGGAGCCUCUGCUCAGUCGAGAAAAUGGCAUUGUGCAGUCACCUGCACAGAUAGCUACGAUAUCAGCAUCGAGCCUAGACGAUGACGAAUAUACUCAGAACGGCUUACAGGACUUUGAUCUGGAGUUGGAUGACGAGUUGGGUGAAAAACAUCACAAAUCAACUCCACUGGAAGCACUUUAUCAUCUAGUAUGCGUCAUAAUCGGAACUGGAAUCCUCGCUCUCCCCUACGCAAUGAGACAAUCCGGCUGGAUUGGCCUCUUCAUAAUUCUCUUUAGCGCCAUCGUCAACGACUCGACAGGUCGAAUGCUCGUAUCAUGUCUAUAUCAUCAGCCUGGCCACCGUCUCACCAGCUAUGCUGAUAUCGGACAAGCUGCAUUUGGGCAAAGGGGGAGAUUGUGGGUGGUCGUCUUUUAUAGAUCUGCGCUGGGAGGUAUCACGACGUUGUAUGUAGUAUUAGCUGGUACUAAUGCUGCCAAUGGACUCGGGUGGAUGUCUACACGAGUGUGGAUUUGUUUGUUUUCGAUUAUUGUGAUGGUUCCCGUCUUGAUUCUCAAGUCGCUCAAGGAGGUUGCUGUUGUGAGCUUGCUGGCAACUCUGGUAUCUGUUAUCGUAGUCAUCGUAAUCAUACUCGCUGGAAUCUCACAGAUAGCAGAAACUGGUGGAGCUGAAUCUAAUAUCGUCAAUCUAGUCGGCUUCCCAUCAGCUCUAGCUUCUGUAUCCUUUUCGUUUGGUGGUAAUUUCAUAUACCCAGACGUCGAAGCCUCCCUGCAAGAACCAUCAACAUUCCCAUCCGUACUCCGAAAAGCAAUGAUAAUAGUCUGCUCCAUAUACCUCUUAAUCGCCAUAACAGGAUACGCAGCAUGGGGAACAGCCUCAAGCUCGCCAAUCCUUGAUAACCUAACCCCAAACUCACCAGGCAAGAUCCUCGCCACCAUAUCCAUAACUCUACAUGUCUUGCUAGCAUGUCCAGUACUGAUAUCCACACUAACAAACGAUAUCGAACGGUCUUGGAAGUGUCCGGUGUGGUUGUCGCCUGUUGGAUGGAGUGCAUUGAAAGCUCGUGUGUCUUUGCGGAUGGGGCUGGCUGCAUGUAUAUCCGCUUUGGCGGUCUCAGUGCCGUAUUUCACGGAUUGGGUGGAAGUUAUGGGUGCAAUAGCAAACACGGCAUUGGUUUUUAUUUUUCCAGUCGUGUUUUAUUAUCAGCUUAAUGGAUGGGACGGGAGAAGUUGGAGGGAAUGGGCAUGGACUAUAUCGAUUCUGACUGUUGGCGUUGUGGGAGGUACAAUUGGUGGAAUUAACGCGCUGAUAAAUCUGGGACGGCACCUGAUUUAUGGUAACUUAUGA